CUCACAUGUGCUUUGUUGCAUCACUAGACUAAAAUAGACCCUCUGCUUAUUUCUCUGGAAAAUACUUAGUAUGAGUCUGACUAAGCAUGAAAUAUUAUUCCUCAUAAAAUUAAAAAUGUCCUGAAGUGUGAAGGCUAUUGUCUUUCAAGAAAUUCUUUAAGUGGUAGAAGAAUGGCAUCUAAAGAGCCACACAAGUCCCUUCAGGAGAUUUUACGGUUAAUAGUCUUGUUUAAAGUCUAGCUGAAGCUACUCAACCCGCUUAUUGCUCUAAUGAGCCUAGCCGAUCAGUAAGCUCUAGGAGAUUUAUACUGAUUUCCAAUCCAUUUUUGAGAAGUUGUAGAGUAUUUUGUAUUAAAACAGCUGGAAAUUUGAAAAAUUUGCAACUGGUUGGGCGCACAAAGGUGCUUAAAUAUACAGAUUUAGGUAAAAUCCCAAAUGAAAUCCUGCAAACAAGAUAAUCCCCAUCUAGGCUACUACAGGUACAAACAUGUAGGAGGUUAAGAAAGAAAUGGUGAGGUGGCCUAUACAGCUGAUUUUUCCACACUUCCCUCGAAAUGUUUGCUACCCAUUUUCACAGUCAUCGGUCAGUUUUCACUCAGUUUUUACCCGAGUAGUAGUUUUUACUUGCAUGUAGAUAAACUUGAACGAAUCAGUUCACACUUCUAUAGGAUAAAUUUCACUCAGAACUUGACAAUGCACCCUAGUCUUUAAAUCUCGGGACCUUUAGAGUGACCAGAAUAUGAUUUUGGGACCGUCAGUUCAGAUUUUAGUUGAUUUCUACCCUAGAAGUGUUAAGGAAAAUUAUAGCAAUUUUUAUUUUACUAAGAGUUGUCAAGAGGCAUUUUAUGUCCAACCAUUAACUUCCUCACACUACCUAUUGGAUGUUGGGAAUUUUAUAUUGAACAGCCAGGCUGGUCUAUUUUAGUAAUGGCCGAGGUAUAAUUU